AUGGACGUGGUGUUGUUGCGAAGGGGCAUCGCGUGGCAUGGUGGUGGAGUGAGGAAGCAUCGCCGUCCGAAUGAGCCCCUGGACGCUCCAGGAUCAACUAUGUCAGACAUGACAUGGCUGGGCGCAGUGAGGUCCAAUGAGGUGGGAAUAUCCCAAACUCUCUCGGUUGACUUUGACCAGGGGCAGGGCAGCGCUGCUGAUAGCCAUGAUCACAUGGAGUCCCAGGAGGGAAAGAAAACAGAGAGACAAAAGGCAAAGACAAUGUUACAGCAAAAGACCCAAACGUCCAAGACUUUGGGGGGGCGGGCCGGUGUCGUGAGAGGGACAUCAUCUGAGUCGGGAGGUGAGGUCAAAAAACGGUCCGAGCGCUUACGGCGGAACAACGUGAAGCCACCAUAA